AUGUCCUCGCCUUUUUCUCCAAGAAGAAAACAGGAGUACCUUCAAUAUGCCCAGGAAUAUAAACCUAAUAGAGAAGACAUCAAAUAUCUCCGGGUCCUCCUUUACGGACCUGUGGGAGCUGGAAGGUCCAGUUUCAUCAACUCUGCCAGUAACGUCCUCAGAGGUCGAAUGACGAGUCCUGCUUUGGUCUGUGAUGCAGUUGCUUCCCAGAAUUUCACCAGAAAAUAUGAGACUCAUAAGUUCAUAAAGGGACGAGGAAGCUCAAAGACAUUUUAUCCUCUGGUCUUCAACGACAUCAUGGGAAUGGAAGACGGGACCAACAGGGGCAUUCAUCCUGAUGACAUCAAACUGGCUUUGAGAGGACAUGUGAAAGAGGGUUACAAGUUCAACCCAGUUGCUCCUCUAACUCAGGAUGACCCAGGCUACAACCCGUCUCCCUCUGCUGAUGACAAAGUUCAUGUCCUGGUCUGUGUGAUGUCAGCCAACAGUUCUCUGAUAAAAUCAUCAGUACUGGAGAAGAUGAAGAGUAUCAGAGAAACAGCCAGUGAUCUGGGAAUUCCUCAAAUGCUCAUAAUGACUCACAUUGAUGCAGCCUGUAAUGAAACUUGGAAAGACUUGAGGAACGUCUACAAGAGCAAGUACCUGAGAAAAAAGAUGAAAGACUUCAGCUCAGCAGUGGGAAUCCCCAUGAACUGCAUCUUCCCUGUGAAGAACUACAGUGAAGAAAUCGACUUGAAUGAUGAUAUUGAUGCUCUGAUCCUGAGCGCUCUGAGGAAAAUGGUCGACUUUGGAGACGACUUCAUUGAGAGGAUUUAAACUGAGAUAUAGAGAAAACGGUGAGGUG